AGGCCGGGUCGGGAGGUGCCAAGCGGAGAGCGGCACAUCAGAGCGGGCACUGCCUCCCGGGAUAAAAGGCCUCCCUGUCGCCUCCCGAGGUCCUGACGAGGCUGCUCGGCACCAUGAAGUGGCUCCUGGUGGUCCUGGCGUGUCUGCAGGUGGCGGAGGGCGCGGUCAGGAUCAGCCUGAAGAAAGGCCUGUCCAUCCGGGACAAGAUGAGGGCAGCCGGGGUGCUGGACGAUUUCCUGAGGCACAUCAAAUACGAUCCCGUGAAGAAAUACCAGCCCAGGCAGGGCUCCGUGGUCAGGCAGCCCAUAACCAACCACCUGGACUCCUCCUACUUUGGGGAGAUCAGCAUCGGGGAGCCCCCCCAAAAGUUUCUGGUGCUCUUUGACACCGGCUCCUCCAACCUGUGGGUGCCCUCCACGGACUGCAAGAGUCCUGCUUGCUUCAACCACGCCAAGUUCAAGCCCAGUGCCUCGAGCACCUUCAGCCCCGGUGGCCGGUCCUGCACCGUGUCCUACGGCAGCGGCUCCGUCACCAUCGCGCUGGGCUGGGACACGCUGAGGAUCCAGAGCAUCACUGUCACACAGCAGGAGUUUGGGCUCAGCCAGGAGGAGCCCACCCAGCCGUUCUACUUCGCGGACUUCGAUGGCAUCCUGGGCAUGGCCUUCCCCUCGCUGGCCGUGGGGGGCACGGCCACGGCGCUGGGGGGGAUGCUGGAGCAGGAGCAGCUGGCUGAGCCCGUCUUCAGCUUUUACUUCUCACGCCAGCCCACCUACGAGUACGGGGGAGAGCUCAUCCUCGGGGGCAUCGACCCUCGGCUCUUCCAGGGGGACAUCGCGUGGGCGCCGGUGACACAGAAGCUUUACUGGCAGGUGGCACUUGAGGAGUUUGCCAUCGGGCAGUCAGUGACCAGCUGGUGCAGCCAGGGCUGCCAGGCCAUCGUGGACACGGGGACAUUCCUGCUGACCGUGCCCCAGGAGUACCUGGAGAGCAUCCUGGAGGCCCUGGGAGCGCAGGAGACCAGCUAUGGGUACGCCGUGGACUGCGCCGACACCCACAGCAAACCCCACAUCGCCUUCGGCAUCGGCGGCGCCCGGCUCGCGCUGCCCCCGACCGCCUACGUCCUGAACAGCCACGGCUACUGCACCCUGGCCAUGGAGGGCACCUACCUGCCCUCCCAGGACGGGCAGCCCCUCUGGAUCCUGGGAAACGUUUUCCUGAAGGAAUAUUACACCGCCUUCGACAUGGCCAACAGCCGCGUGGGCUUCGCCCCGUCGGCCUAGAGGAAGAGAAUUCCAGCCCCUCUCCCACCCAUGGAGCACCACAGCAUUCCCAGUCCCCAUCCCUCGGGAUCUGUGCAUGCCCACGGGUCCUGUAGCAAAUAAACCAUCCCAAAAAAACCAUCCCAAAAAGGUCUCCGAGCUCCUGGGUUUGUUGGGAGCAGCCUGAGGGGUUCUGUGUUGUCGCUGCUGGAUGUGAAAUGAGCACACAGAAGAUCAAAAGAGAAAAAUAGCUAAUUUUAUUUCUGACCUUGCAAUAUCUAGAAUCCCAAAAGUGGCAGUGGAUUGGGGGAUGGAAUUCCCACAUCUCCAACCACACUGGUCAAAGCAACAGUCCAUCAAUUCUCUCCUCCCACAAAAAAAAGAAUACAAAACAAUCAUUAAUUACAUGAACAGGGCGUGAAAACUCCAGCUGAGAUCUGUAAACAUCAAAAAGCAUAAAAAACUUUUAAAAGAACUUUAAAACUUUAAAAAAAACUAUUAAAAA